GUUUCCACAAUUCCACCCACCAAACCAACCACUAAUUUUUAUUUCAAACCUAGCAAUAUAUUUGUAAAUUAACCAAAACAAAACCAUCUCCACAUCUUGAAAUCAAUCAAACAUGGGGUCUGAUGACAAACAUGGUGAGAGGCCACUUGGUAUAGGCCUUAAGGUGAUGCUAGCAGCAGCCUUCUCUCUAUUUGGUAUGAUCUUAUUAAUCAUCAUCUUCCAUUUUAGUGUAAAGUAUUUCAUUAGACGCCAACAAAGGAGACGCCAAAACGACCUCGUUUAUCAGAUCAGCACUCAAAUAGCACCAAUUGAUGUGAGUUCUGUGGAGCCAUGCAACUCUGGCCUUGAUGCUUCAAUCAUAGUCUCUCUGCCUAAGCUCUUGUAUAAACAAACCGACCAAUUCAAGCAAGGUGAACUUGUAGAGUGUUCCGUUUGCUUAGGCACCAUUGUGGAAGAUGCAAUUACUAGGGUGUUACCAAAUUGUAAGCACAUCUUUCAUGUUGAAUGUGUUGAUAAAUGGUUCAGCUCUAACACCACAUGCCCAAUUUGUCGCACUGUGGUCGAACCAAGAUUGCACCAAGUCCAACCCACAGCACCACUGGUUGAGGGUGGUGAUGAUGUUAUUGAAUUGGAGAAAGUGGGUUGUUCAGGUUUGAGAAUAGGAUCAUUUCAUAGGAUGCUUAGUAACAGAGAAAGAUCAGGGAGAAGAACUCAGAGCUGUGAUGAGUCUACCAUCGAUGAUAUACAAAAUGAACUAAAUUAAGCUGUUAUUAAUUUGCUAAUUUUCUCCUUGCAUUUGGAUAUGUAUAUCUUAGUUUAAAUGAUUGUAGAUAUGAUUUGGGUAUGGGGUGUUGGGAUUGUUUACUAGACAGUUUUCCUGUUUUUUUCUUUUCUUGUGCUUUGUGUUUCUCUCUAUUUGUUUUUUUUUUCAGGGUUAAAUCAAGUAAUAUUAUUUCAAA